AUGACCAGACUAUUCUCCUGUGUGAUCCAGGUGAACUCUGAGUUCUACACAGGGUGGCUGGACCACUGGGGUGACCAGCAUGCUCAGGUGGACACCCAGAAGGUCAGCAGGAUGCUGGGGGAGAUGCUCAGCAUGGGGGCCAGCGUCAACAUGUAUAUGUUUGAAGGAGGGACCAACUUUGGCUACUGGAAUGGAGCGGACCAUGAUAACAGGUUUAGGUCGGUAGUGACCAGUUAUGACUACAACGCCCCUCUGUCUGAGGCAGGAGACCCUACAGAGAAACUCCUGGCCAUACGGGACACCAUCAGCAAGUUCAGAGACAUCCCUGUGGGUCCCAUGCCCCCAGUCCCCAAGAUGGCCUAUGGCUUUGUGACUCUGACAAUGGUAGGGAACCUCAGCAGCCUGUUGGACACGCUGUCACCGCAGGGUCCUGUCCGGUCACUGUACCCUCUGUCUUUUGAAGAGAUGAAGCAGUACUAUGGCUUCAUGCUGUACCGGACCAAGCUGCCCAGGGACCUGCCAGAAGACACACCCCUAAUCUCUCCUCUGAAUGGGGUUCAUGACCGGGCAUAUGUCUCCGUCUGUGGGGUGUUCCAGGGGCUGCUGGAGAGAGACACGACUCUGGUGAUGAACGUAACAGAGCAGGGGGACCAGGUUGAUGUUCUCGUAGAGAACAUGGGACGAGUCAACUUUGGCAGCAAGAUCAACGACUUCAAGGGCCUGUUGAGUAACCUGGUCCUUGGUAAAGAUGUGCUGACAGAUUGGCAGAUCUACCGUCUGGACAUUGAUGGAGCCAUUGCCUCCGGAUGGCCCCAGUCAGCAGCGACAUCCCCGCCCAGCCCAGUCAGAGGGCCCUCAGAUGGGCCAGUCUUCUACCAGGGCACCCUGCCUCCCAACGGUCUGGCCUGGGACACCUUUCUCCGGCUCAACGAAUGGACCAAGGGACAGGUGUGGAUCAACGGGGUGAACCUGGGCAGGUACUGGCCUAAGAGAGGUCCCCAGCAGACCCUGUACGUCCCGGGGCCCCUGCUCAGCCCCACCCAGCCCAACAACAUCACAGUCCUGGAGCUAGAGAGGGCCCCUUCUCACACCAGGGUCCUCUUCAUGGACCGGCCCCAGCUCAACAGCACUGCUGGCAAGACAUCACAGCUACAGUCCACAGACAGACAUGACAUCACAGCUACAGACAACAGACAGACAUGACAUCACAGCUACAGGCCACAGACAGACAUGACAUCACAGCUACAGGCCACAGACAGACAUGACAUCACAGCUACAGACCACAGACAGACAUGACAUCACAGCUACAGACAGACAGACAUGACAUCACAGCUACAGACAGACAGACAUGACAUCACAGCUACAGACCGCAGACAGACAGACAUGACAUCACAGCUACAGACCACAGACAGACAGACAUGACAUCACAGCUACAGACCACAGACAGACAUGACAUCACAGCUACAGACAGACAGACAUGACAUCACAGCUACAGACAACCAGACAUGACAUCACAGCUACAGACAACCAGACAGACAGACAUGACAGCUACAGACAACAGACAGACAGACAUGACAUCACAGCUACAGGCCACAGACAGACAGGACAUCACAGCUACAGACCGCAGACAGACAGACAUGACAUCACAGCUACAGGCCACAGACAGACAGACAUGACAUCACAGCUACAGGCCACAGACAGACAGACAUGACAUCACAGCUACAGGCCACAGACAGACAGACAUGACAUCACAGCUACAGACCACAGACAGACAGACAUGACAUCACAGCUACAGACAACAGACAUGACAUCACAGCUACAGACCACAGACAGACAGACAUGACAUCACAGCUACAGACAACAGACAGACAGACAUGACAGCUACAGGCCACAGACAGACAUGACAUCACAGCUACAGGCCACAGACAGACAUGACAUCACAGCUACAGACCACAGACAGACAGACAUGACAUCACAGCUACAGACCACAGACAGACAGACAUGACAUCACAGCUACAGACAACAGACAUGACAUGUUACAUUUACAUUUAAGUCAUUUAGCAGACGCUCUUACAUCACAGCUACAGGCCACAGACAGACAUGACAUCACAGCUACAGACCAGACAGACAGACAUGACAUCACAGCUACAGACAACAGACAUGACAUCACAACUACAGACAGACAUGACAUCACAGCUACAGACAGACAUGACAUCACAGCUACAGACAACAGACAGACAUGACAUCACAGCUACAGACAACAGACAUGACAUCACAGCUACAGACAACAGACAUGACAUCACAGCUACAGACAACAGACAUGACAUCACAGCUACAGACAGACAUGACAUCACAGCUACAGACAGACAUGACAUCACAGCUACACAGACAUGUCAUCACAGCUACAGGCCACAGACAGACAGACAUGACACCACAGCUACAAGACAGACAGAAGACAAUACCUCAGCGAAUCAGUUUCUUCAUAGUUGACACAGAGACGACAGACAGCCAAUCAAUCAAUCCCUCCGAAUAAGUCUCUGUCCAACCACUUAUCUGCAGCAUGAGCUAAUACACUCCAAUCGUCUAUCAAUCAAUGUAUGAGUAGCAUAUCCUGUAUCAAUUCACUUCAGCACUCGUUUCUACGGACUUCAGUCUAUAACAAAUGAAACAACCUCUGAGCCAGACUUUCAGUUUCUGUUCCUCGGUCUCUGCUACAUCUGCAAAUAGAUUGAUCUGUUUAAAGGCAACUUAAGGUUUGGUUUUCUGUGUUGAGCUCACGCAGGUAUGAAUAAAUAGAUGGCAGUAUUAUGGUAAUCAUUGUUUUGACAUGAUUUAAUAACAUGAGUUGCUGUGCUUCUGUCAGAUACGGUCUAUGUUUUGGCACUUUACUAUAUACCGAUUUCAUAAAAACAGUGUACAUGAAUAAACAGUUUCAUCAUCACACAUUCA